AUGCUCCACCAGGCCAUCCAGGCCGCACGCCAGGGAGAUGUGGAGACUCUCCGAGCUCUGCACCGCUCCGGGGGUCUCAGGCAGGGCAUCGCUGAUGACCAGGGGGCCACGCCGGUCCACCACGCUGCCCGCUGCGGCCAGAACCACUGCCUGCGCUUCCUGGUGAUGGAGGCCCGCUUCCAAGGGAACGCGCGUGCCAGGAACGGAGCCACGGCCGCCCAUGAUGCCGCUGCCACCGGGCACGUGCAGGAGUUGCAGUGGCUGCUGGGACAUGGCGAGUGCAGAAUGGAGGAUCGUGAUGGUGAAGGAGCUACGGCGCUACACCUGGCGGCGAGGUUCGGCCACGCUGACGCACUUCAGUGGCUCCUGACGGCAGGGGGCAGCACUGAGCUGGAGACCCACUGUGGAGCUCUUCCUGUCCACUACGCCGCCGCUAGUGGUGAUCUCACCUGUGUCAAAGUGCUCGUAUCCCACAAUCCACGAUGUGUGAACUGUCAGAUGGGCACCGGGGCCACACCACUCUACCUGGCGUGCCAGGAGGGGCAUCUGCACGUGCUGGAGUAUCUGGCGAAAGACUGCGAUGCCAACGUCCACCUGCAGGCCCAGGACGGCAUGAGCGCCCUGCACGCCGCCGUCCACAUGGGUCACUACACCGUGGUGGUCUGGCUGGUCUCGUUCACAGACGUGGAUCUGUCCUGUCGCGAUGCUAAUGGAGCCACGGCUCUGCACUUCGCUGCCAGCGGGGGGCACCACCGAGUCCUGGAGCUCCUGCUCUCUAUGGGGGCCCAAGUCCUGAGGGACCACUGGGGAGGGACCCCACUGCACAAUGCUGCAGAGAACGGAGAGAUCCAGUGCUGUCGGAUCCUGUUGGAUCAUCACGUCAGUCCUCUGGAGGAAGAUGCUGAUGGAUUCAGUGCUGUAGAUCUAGCCGAGUAUAACGGCCAUCCAGACUGUGCAGCGCUCCUCUCUUCAGCUCAGGUGGAUGAGACAGGAAACAACCUCCGACCACCAGAGAUCGUUCUCAUAGAGGGGGACCGGACCGUGUUCGGGACAGACGAUCGUCUGUUGGACCUCACUGACCGACCCGGUGAUAGAAUCCACAGUGCAGUGAUGGAAAACAGCAAGCAGCCGGUGAAUGAGGUUCCUCCUCAACCUCGUCUCUCUCCGUCAAACCCGGACUCGUCACACUCCUUUAGGACUGGAAUCAACUCCAUUCAGCACGUCCAAGUAGCUUCUGCAGUCGUGGCCAACAUGAAGAAGCAGCCCGAGGAAAAUGAGGCACUGGAGGCUCAGGUGAGGACGGCUCGGUCCUGGAGACACGCAGGAAUAACCGCCGUCUUCACUGGGCCAGGGAAAGGAGAAAACAGAACGCUGCUUCUCCCAUCAGAGGAGGUGAACGUCGCCGAUAUCGACUCUCUGAUUCCCACUCACGAUGAAAACGGCCGCUCCAUCGCCGAGUGGAAGAGGCAGGUGAUGGUGAGGAGACUUCAGGCCAGACUUCAGGACCAUGAAGAUCAGUGGAGAAACGUAAACGGCUUUACCUCGAAUUCUGCAACUACAACCAUUGAUAGCUGGAGAUACUCUAAUGUCCACGACGCCAUAUUGGGCCCCUUCGGUGAGCUGCUGACUGAGGAUGACCUGGUGUACCUGGAGGGGCAGAUCGAGACGGUUUCCCUGCAGAAGAAGUGCCAGGCCUACGAGCACGAGUUAACCAGCCUGGUCGAGCAGCUCCAAGCCCUCCUGCCUGCUCCCAUAGUCAACAUCAGCAUCAACACCCAGUUCCAGCAGCAGAGACCCGAGCUGUUGGACUCUCUGGUGUUGCCGGUGUGGUGCAGACGUAUCUCAGGAAUCGUCAAGAGCAUGUCCCUGCUUCUGAACAACGUCUCGGAUAGAGACGGACGUGACGGCAUCUCAAAAAUGCCCAACGAGGAACUGGCGUCGGUCUUCUCGAGCCAGCCGGAAAGGUGCAAGAGCAGGAGGGGGAAGGCCGAAAGGGAGAUCAAGCUGUCGGGGGUCUCGGUGCGAGACCUGAGGUCCACGUUUGAAAGUCAGAUGGAGAACAUCUACCCAUUUGCAGGGAUGUUAAACAAUAAUUCCAAGAUCCACAUGAAGCAGAACGUCUCCAGUUCCUCACACACCGGCGUCCAGGACGACCUUAUUACAGACGGUGGAAUAAAGUGCCAACGUCCAACCAGCACGGUGUCAACCAAAGUCGUCGAGACCACCAGUUUGCGCAAAGAGCGAAUCGUCGUCCUGUUCCUGAGCCACUGGAAAAGAUCCGCCUACGCCAUCUCCAUGAGGGCCAAACUGAAACCAGAACCGGACACGCACAAGCCAGCAGACUGCCCCAAGAGUCCGAGCGCGGUGACUCCGGUGCCUCAACCAAGCGGCGACUCUCUGUAUCAUCUCUACAGACAGAAGACCACCAUCAACUCAAUGAUUCACAACUGGAGGACCAUCAGGUCUGGGGUUCCCUCCCGGCAGAUCCGCAGCCUCCAGAAGAAAUCCGUCACGUACUCCCCGGAGCAGUUCCUCCCUCGGGUGGACGGCGCGCCCGUACCCUACGAGAGCCUGACGCUCGAGCUGUUCAUGCUGGGCUACUUCCACAUCCUGGAGCAGGACCUGCCCCCCGAUGAACGCAAAAUGAGGCACCUGCUCUGCUUCGAGGUGUUCGACCACGUGGCCGAUUAUCCGUGGGAGGCGGUGAGGGACUUCCACGAGGCCGUGGUCAAGGACAUCGAGGACGGGAGGCGAGAGUGGACGGACGGCUUCGAAGACGUCAAGGUCCGCUUCUUCGGGAGGAAAGACAAAACGGGUCCGUCCAGCAGGUCUCUGAAGGAGGUUCCUCGAGCCACAGACGAGAAGCUCCACAGGGCAGGAGGGAGUUCGGACCUCUCGUGUUCUAGUAACGAUGAAAUCUGUAAAUACAUCGAUCGUAGCUUCGCUUUCUGGAAGGAGAAGGAGGCCGAGCUGUUCGAGUUUGAACGUUAGUGUUUGGUUUGAGUUGUUUUGAUGUUGUGGCUUUGAUCCUCUCUGACGCUUUUAUGUUUUUAUUUUGACUCUGUAGACGAGUAAAGCUUUAAA